CGAUCACGAAGUCAAACAUCUCUCCUUUCCCUGUUCACAUUAUAUAUCAAUCUCCAUCACUCCAUCUUACCUCCAUCCUACCCCAGAUCCCUUUGCCCACUAAGUCGUUCAACAUGUCUGUUCCCUACCUUCUCAACAGUGCCACUGGCCACAUCCCCGCAUCGGAACGAAUCCCAGUCAUUGCUCGCCCAUGGGUGAGUGAGCGGGCAAAGAGGACUCUGGAUCUGGUCGAGAAAUUUGUCGAGGAGGAAUGCAUCCCCGCCGAUGCCGUCUUCAAGCAACAAAUCGGCCAAGGCACCGUUGCUCGCUUCGACUCCCAUCCACAAGUCAUUGAAGACUUGAAAGCCAAGGCCAAGAAACUUGGGCUUUGGAACAUGUUCCUGCCCAAAAACCAUUUCAAAGAAGGCGCCGGCUUUAGCAAUCUCGAAUACGGCUUGAUGGCAGAAUACCUCGGCAAGAGUGUCACUGCCAGCGAAGCCACAAAUUGUGCUGCUCCCGACACAGGCAACAUGGAAGUCAUCGCCAAAUACGGCACCGAAGAACAGAAAAAGCAAUGGCUGGGUCAAUUGCUGGACGGCCAGAUCCGAUCAGCUUUCUUGAUGACCGAGCCUCAAGUGGCGAGCAGUGACGCCACCAACAUUGAACUCAACAUGCGCAAAGACGGCGACUAUUGGGUUCUCAAUGGACAGAAAUGGUGGUCCAGCGGCGCUGGUGACCGCCGGUGCAAGAUCUACAUUGUCAUGGGCAAAUCCGACCCCAACAACAAGAGCCCCUACAAACAACAAUCAGUCAUCCUCGUCCCCGCCGACACCCCAGGCAUCACCAUCCACCGCAUGCUUUCCGUCAUGGGCUUUGACGACGCCCCGCACGGCCAUGGCCACAUCUCUUUCAACAAUGUCCGAGUGCACAAGAGCAAUAUGGUCCUCGGCGAAGGACGAGGCUUCGAGGUCGUCCAAGGCCGUCUUGGCCCCGGCAGAAUUCACCACGCCAUGAGAUCGGUUGGCUCUGCCGAAAAAGCACUCGAGUACUUCCUCGCCCGACUCAACGACCCGGCCAAGCGACCAUUCGGCAAACAGCUGUCCGAGCACGGCAUCAUGCUCGAACGAGUGGCCAAAUCCCGCAUCGAAAUCGACUCGGCCAGACUUGCCGUGCUCAACGCCGCCAUCAAGAUCGACCAGUCCAACGCCAAGGACGCGCUCAAGGAGAUCGCCGAAGUCAAGGUCCAAGUGCCCUCGAUGCUGUUGGACGUGCUCGACCGCGCCAUUCAAGCCUAUGGCGGCGCCGGUGUGUCUCAAGACACGCCCCUGGCCAAAAUGUGGGCCAGUGGACGGACGAUGAGAAUCGUCGAUGGACCUGAUGAGGUGCACAUGCUGCAACUGGGCCGCAAUGAAAACAAGCGUGGUCCAGCGCUGUUGAAGAGGAUUCAGGCACAGAAGGACAAGACCAGAGAGUUGCUGAAGCAGUAUGGUCUGGAGGAGCGUGAUGUGCUCCAGCUUAACAGGGUGAGCGGUGGGAAAUCGAAGUUGUAGCUUCUAUCCCGUUUGAAGCUCGAAGUUCCAAGUUCGAAAGUUCACAAGGCAUGACACCAAGGGAUUGUGUCUGUCAUCUCGUCAAAAAUUGUUAUGAGGGUUAGGUUGGAACUCGAGCAAUCAUUGGUUUUUUUUGAUCUGUCUUCUGCGUUUUCGUUUCGUGAGACAUUUUGCUCUUCUCUUUAUUGGGCUUGUUGGUGUCUCCCCAACCUAAGGUAUUGCAGUCAGAUUGCCAAUGUGUGUUCCGGUACUUUUGCCGGCCGUGGAGAACGAGCAGGCACUUUACAGUAUGGAGUACGGAGUAACUGAGGUGUAAAUCCACCCGAGCCACCUGGCAGACACCCAAUUGCCGUCUUGUAAGUACUAGUAGUACAGCGUCGAUGGCAUUCUGUGUUCUCCACCAUCACUUCCCCAACACCUCAUAGGAGUAGAUCGAAAGGGUUUUGCCACGGGUUCUUCGGAAGCUAGCUCUCGCGGUGG